AUGGCCCCUGCUCAUCUCCGGCGCCCGCCCCAGGCGCCGCCUGUGUUCACAGCUACCCCGCAGUCCGUGGUGACGGACGCCGAGCGCCUGAUCCGAAGCUCGCGUGCCGUGCAAGACAAGGUGGUGGCCGGGGUCAAACCCGACGCGGCCACCUUUGACAACGUCGUGCGCCCCCUGGCUCAAGAUGAGAAUGUCAUGGCCCUUGAAGCACACAUCCUGGGGUUUUACCAGGCUGUUUCAACGGACCAGAAACUGCGAGAUGCCUCGUCCAAGGCCGAGGAGCUGAUGGACGAGUUCUUCAUCGAAGCGGUGAUGCGAGAGGAUGUCUUUGCUCUGGUUGAUGCCGCCCUGCGCCGUAACGAGUCUCUCGACCCGGAGUCACGCCGUCUGCUGGAGAAGGAACAUAAGGAUUUCGUGCGGAAUGGACUGGGUCUGCCUGCGGGCCCCCAGCGGGCCCGGUUCAAGGAGAUCAAGAAGCGGCUGAGCCAGCUGAGCAUUGAGUUCCAGAAGAACCUGAACGAAGAGAACGGCGGGCUGUGGUUCACCGAGGAGCAGCUGGCCGGUGUACCCGAGGACGUGCUCUCCAGCCUUAAACGCGGCGAGGGCGAGAAUGCCGGCAAGCUCUGGCUGACGUUUAAGUACCCGGAUCUGUUCCCGACAAUGAAGUACGCCUCCAACCCCGAGACCCGCCGACAGGUGAUGGUCUCCAAUGAGAACAAGUGCAACCAGAACGUGCCGCUCUUCCGCGAGGCCAUUGUGCUGCGCGACGAGGCGGCCCGUCUGCUCGGGUACCCGAACCACGCCGCGUUCCGUAUUGAGGACAAGAUGGCAAAGACCCCGGAGACAGUGGACAAAUUCCUGGGCGACCUGCGGUCCCGGCUGACUGCGGGUGGCAAGCAAGAAAUUCAGAAGCUGAUGGAGCUGAAGAAGGCGACCGACUCCGCCGCGGACGGCCGUUAUUAUCUAUGGGACCACCGGUUCUAUGACCGGUUGAUGCUGGAGCGCGACUUCUCGCUGGACCAGCAGCUCAUCGCCGAGUAUUUCCCGCUGCAGACUACCAUUGAGGGCAUGCUGAAGAUUUUCGAGGAGCUGUUUGGACUGGAGUUUGUUGAGAUCACGGGCGACGACCGCGCGGCAGUUGCCCCGACGGGCAAGGGCGGUGAUAUCGUAUGGCACGAGGAUGUGCAGGUGUUCAGUGUCUGGAAUGACGAGGGCGAAGGCAGUGGGUUCGUCGGGUAUUUGUAUCUGGAUCUGUUCCCGCGCGAGGGCAAGUACGGCCAUGCCGCCAACUUCAACCUGCAACCGGGCUUCACCGAUGCGUCGGGCAACCGUCGUUACCCGGCGACGGCGCUGGUGUGCAACUUCACCAAGCCAGGGCCGAAGAAGCCGAGUCUGCUCAAGCACGACGAAGUGGUGACGCUGUUCCACGAGCUGGGCCACGGCAUCCACGACCUCGUGUCGCGGACGACGUACUCGCGGUUCCACGGUACCAGCACGGUGCGCGACUUCGUGGAGGCGCCCAGCCAGAUGCUGGAGAACUGGUGCUGGACGCCGUCGCAGCUGCGGGCCCUGAGCCGGCACUACUCGACGCUGUCACCCGAGUACCUGGCCGGAUGGCAGGAGGCGCAGCAGGCACGCAGCGGUGGCAAGACAGCGACGGGCCCGCCGUCUGAACGCAUCCCCGACGAGGUGAUCGAGAAUCUGAUUCGGACCAAGCACGUCAACGACGCGCUGUUUAACCUGCGCCAGCUGCACUUUGGUAUCUUCGACAUGACCGUGCACGAGCCCGCCUCGCACGCCGACAUCGAGGCCCUGCCGCUGUCCGCGACAUACAACCGGCUCCGCCAUGAGAUCACGCAGAUGGACGGACCUGAGGCGUUGAGUGCAGGCGAUGAAUGGGGGCACGGCGAGGCGACCUUCGGCCACUUGAUCGGCGGCUACGAUGCGGGCUACUAUGGCUACCUGAGCUCGCAGGUCUACUCGACCGAUAUGUUCUACACCGUGUUCAAGGAUGACCCCAUGAACAAGGCCGCUGGCCGGCGCUACCGCUACCAGGUCCUGGAGAAGGGCGGCAGCCAGGACGAGAUGAAGACGCUGGCAGAGUUCCUGGGCCGCGAGCCUCGCACGGAUGCGUUUUACCAGGAGCUGGGACUGGCGUAG